AGCUGAUCUCUCGAUAACCUCAACGUCUAGACGAUACACGCCAGACGCGAUUUCGCGUUAUCGUCGAUUCGGCCAACUCAACCAUCGUCGGAGACCGAGCAUAGCGAAGACGCGGAUUAAUUCGUCUUCCUGUCGCAUGUGUCAUCAUUCAAGGUCGCAUGUACGCUCCGGAGGAGGUGAUGGAAAAUCUGACGGCGCAGGUGAACGAGCUGCAGGCACUGCAGUCUGUCUACCCAACCGAGCUGACCGUGGCGGACCAUGGGGUUUUGGCUGACAUCAACGAGUACAUUGAGCGCCCCGACCGGGACCCACCGCGGUGGCUGGAAUACGCGGUCGCCAUCCCGUUGAACGGUGAGAGCAUCGAGCUGUUGAUAAACUUACCGACUAAUUACCCGAAAGAGCAACCCGAGGUAUACGCGAGAGGCUCCUGUUUGGACAGAACGCAGCAGUGCCUGCUGAAUAAAGAACUCUCGGUCGUUGUCAAGGCUCAGGAGGCGGGCGAGCCUUGCAUCUACACGUUGAUAUCGUGGCUACAGGACAACGCCGAUUCUUAUCUCGAGGCUUCAAAGGUGUGUAACCAAGCGAUUAAGGACGGCAACGUGAAUAAAAGCGGCACGGGGGAUCGGACCGCGGUGAUAUUCGCCAGAUAUUGGAUCUAUAGUCAUCACAUAUACAGCAAGUUCAAACGACGGGACGUAGCUAAUCUGGCGAAGGAGAACUCCAUCACGGGAUUUUGCUUAGCCGGUAAACCGGGAAUAAUUUGCAUGGAGGGAACUCUGGAAGACUGCGACUACUGCUGGCAAAAGAUUCGAACUAUGAAUUGGCACAGAAUAUUAAUAAAGUUAUUAGAAAAAGAGGAAGAUUGCAACAAUGUGGACGACAUGCGCAAGUUUACGGACUUCCAAGAAGUCUCCUUUCCCACUACCGAGCGUCACAACGAUAUGGGUCAACUUCUCAAGUACCUAGCUGAUCACGAUUGCCAGCAUGCAUUCAAGGAACUUUUUGGAUUAGAAGGAAAAUCUAGCAAAUUAUCAGAUUAAUGUUGUAUAAAAACUUCUCUAAUUUUUUUUAAUUUCUCACAAGAGUUUUGCACAAGUGUGUAUAGAAAACAUAUUUUUCUUACCUUUAUGAGGCUCAUUCUGCAGGCCCCUCUUUUCACGCUUGCUAUCCCGAAAGAUCGCUUCGGUCGUAUCGUUCAUAUAUUUCGCAAUUUCAUUGUUAAUAUUAUUCGACGUAUCACUAUUUAAUACAUCGUACGCUAAAAAUGCCGAAUGUUUCAUUGAAUAAAGAUGAUUUUUUUUUAUCCAG